CCCUUCCCCUGCGCCGAGGACGAGGACUGCGGCCCCGAGGAGUUCUGCGGGGGCGCUGCCCGCGGAGGGGGAGCCCCGCUCUGCCUCGCCUGCCGGAGGCGCCGUCUCUGCACCCCCCCGGAGCCUCCCCAAGGAGUCACUGAGCUGGAGGAGACUGGAACUGAGGCUCUGCCCCGACGGACACCUGCUCCUGCCUGGCUACCCACUGCCAAAGGCGAGGAGGGAGACUUCUGCCUGCGCUCGUCUGACUGUGCCGUGGGGCUGUGCUGCGCCCGCCACUUCUGGUCCAAGAUCUGCAAACCAGUGCUGCGGGAAGGGCAGGUGUGUACCCGGCACCGGCGGACCCGGCACCGGCGGAAAGGCCCCCAUGGCUUGGAGAUCUUCCAGCGCUGCCAGUGUGCCGAGGGGCUGGCGUGUCGCCUCCAGCGAGAGCAUGGCCCUGCCGACACCUCCCGUCUGCACACCUGCCAGCGGCACUGA